UGUCUGCCCUAGGAAGAGCGCGCAGGGGGGAUUCGUCUACUAUUGUAGAUACCUGCGUAUGGAAGGAACCAUACGGUCUUUUUUAUUUUUUGUUUUUGAACGAGGGUGAAAGAGCGAGGGAGCCGUUCUCGACUUAACGGACGCCUUGCCCCGAGAUGCUGCCACAGCCUGUGCCCAUCUUAAACCUGCUUAAAUCCUCACAGGGAGGAGACUUCGGAGCCACUUUCCCAUAUGAUGCUUGGACCGUGGAUUAACCCUUCCUGGAAGAAUUGUAGAAAAUGGAAAUGAGCAAGGAACCUAUGAUGCAGAUAAAGGAAUUUUUACCAUUCGAUUGCCUAAAGAAACUCCUGGCCAGCAUUUUGAAGGACUGAACAUGUUAACUGCUCUUCUGGCACCAAGAAAAUCUAGGACAGCAAAACCACUUGUGGAAGAAAUAGGUGCUUCAGAGGUUUCUGAAGAAGUACCAGAUGAUGAUGAUGAAGAAUUCGAUUGGGAAAUUGAACAGACACCCUAUGCAGAGGUAUCAGGAAGUUCUUUAAAUCCGCAGUGCCACUAUGGAUUUGGAAACUUACGAUCGGGAGUGUUUCAGCGGUUACAGGAUGAAUUGAGUGACGUCAUCGAUAUUAAGGAUCCAGAUUUUACUCCUGCAGCUGAACGAAGGCAGAAGCGCUUGGCUGCUGAGCUGGCCAAAUUUGAUUCUGAUCAUUAUCUCGCUGACUAUUUUGAAGAUGAGGCAAUUGAACAGGUUUUGAAGUAUAAUCCUUGGUGGAUUGAUGCACACUCAAAAACAAAGUCCUCGUUGGGAAAGACUCAGGAGCAAGAAAAUCAUGCUGAAUUAGUGUGUUUUUCUGAAGAAGAGAAAUACCAGCUGCGAAAAUUUGUCAAUAAAUCUUACCUGCUGGACAAGAGAGCCCAUCAUCAAGUGUACUACAGUUUGAUUGAUAUCCUUCUGGCAUAUUGCUACGAAACGCGUGUCACCGAGGGGGAGAAGAAUGUCGAAUCUGCAUGGAAUAUCAGAAAACUGAGUCCAACAUUGUGCUGGUUUGAGACUUGGGCUAACGUCCAUGAAAUCGUGGUGUCUUUUGGAAGAAGAGUUUUGUGCUACCCACUUUACCGUCAUUUCAAGCUUGCAGCAAAGGCCUGUGAAGACACUAUAAAAAUAUUGCAACUAGGUAAAGCUGCAGUUUUAAAGUGUCUCCUGGAUAUUCACAAAAUUUUUCAGGAAAAUGACCCAGCUUACAUUCUAAAUGAUCUCUACAUCUCAGACUACUGUGUGUGGAUUCAGAAAGCCAAGUCCAAAAAACUGGCAGCUCUUGCAGAAGCCUUAAAGGAGGUCUCCCUUACAAAGGCCCAGCUGGGAUUGGAGCUGGAAGAGCUGGAAGCAGCAGCACUUCUUGUCCAGGAGGAAGAAGCUGAGUUAAAAGCAGCCCAUUCAGGUUCCCGGCAGCAGGCUCUUUGCUCCAGUCCUGAGGCAGGGGAUUCAGAGGAAUCGGAUAGCACGACAUCAUCUGGAACAGAAGACUCGGAUUCAGAUUCGGAACAAGAGGAGCUCAGAGAUGGUCAGCCCGAGUCAGCCAAUUCUCUGCAAGGUCCCUUUGUCGAAGAAAGCAGUGCCCUGCUUAUUGAUGAUGGUGGACACAUGGCCGUCCAGAACACUGGUGUUAGCCAGGGAAAGCCACUGGCCUCAUCCCAGGCUCUUGGAAGCUGUGGGGCUCUAAUAGAGGAGCUUGAGGAACAGCUGAAGACUGCAGUUCAGAUUUCUGAACCCCAGGGCGCCACCACAGGAAACUACAGCAGCACGCAGGACAGAGAUUGCUAGCAGACACCACAUAAUUUACCCUAAGUGGUUUUAUUCAUUGUUAAGAAUUACAGUAAAUUUGGUUUCAUUCACUGUA